UGGGAGGAUUUCCUAAGGGAGACGUCAUGGUAUGUAUGGCAAAAUCUAGCUGUUGGGACAUAGACUAUGACACAUGCUAAAGAAUAUGACUGUCAGUAGAGGCACCCUGAUUUCUGUAUGCACAGUGUCAUGAGAUCUCAUAUACCAGGCAGGCGGAUGGAAUGUUAUGUGGAGAAUAGAAUCCUGUAUUAACUUGCUGAGCUGAUUCACAGCUCUGUUCAGGAAGUCAGUGAGAUUGUGGAUCUACGAGAAACAGCAUUGCUGUGCUAACUGGGAAGAACGCAUGUUUAACAAACGAUAAAAAUGUCUGGAAACGAUCAAUCGAAUGAAGUUGCUGGGGAUGAAUUAUCGGAAGUGAGAGAUCAGGAAGAACAUUUAAAUGAGCACAUUAUACCAUCCCGGGUGAAAUGUGAAGACAUCCCGGACACGACAUCUGAAGGUCUUUCUAUUUCUCCCAACAAGGAUGAUGAAAAGCUAAAGUCCAAACUGCUCUGUGGAUAUCUUUACAAAUUGGGAAUGAAAGGACCUCUCAAAGCCUGGAAGUAUCGUUUUUUCUCCUAUGAUGCCAAGAAGUGUCGCUUGCUGUACUUCAGGAUGGCUUCAGAUGUCGGUCCGCUGGGAAGUAUAGAUCUUUGCGCAGCUACAUUUCAUUUAAGUGUGGAAACAGAGGAGGGAGUGUUUGAGAUUAAAACACCGGCAAAAUCUUUUGUCCUAAAGGCAGCUAACAACCAUGCAAAGAUGUACUGGUUGCAGCAACUACAAAUGAAGAGAAGAGGAUUUUGUAAAAAUGAACUAAAAAUCAAUCUUCAAAAUGUUUUCUCACCCGAAAUAUUUGAGGUUAAGCCAGCCUCUAAUAAUACGGGGGAAGAACAUUUUUUGCCUCCAGUUCAAACACCAACUGAACUAGUAGGACUAACAGUGGCCUCUAUGCCAGCCCCUCAGGAGUCAACUUCUAUUCAAAAUAUCUCUCUAAAGCAUCCAUGGAAGGAAAUACAGAAUACAGUUCGUAGUUUAUGUGUUACAAAGCCUUCUCCAACAACUAGCAGAAGUGUUUUUCAUUUUGAUGAUUUAGAACCAGCUGCUGAAGUAAGAGAAGCAGCGGCAAAGCAAGUCCCAAAGCUGUCUCCAUCAUUAAACUUCAACAGGAAGGCAAGGAAACUAAAUUGGAGCUCAGCCUCUGGUCAUGACAAUUCAUUGCCGGAAACCAUCCAUUUUGAAAAGAUAUCCAACCCCCAACAACAGAUACAAGCAUUGACGGAGGAUUUAAAGUCUCAAAAGGAUCUUGUAAAGCUUCUGCACCGAGCUCUAGAAUCUGCUCACCAGGAAAAGAGAGCCUGCAAUGAUUACCUGAAUGCGGCUGACGAAAAGGAUAGACUUGAAAUGAUACGUCACAAGAUUAGACAAAUCGAGGACCUAAAACAACGAGUUGAGGCUCUUGAACAGGAGAAGAAAGAACUGGAACAGUGUGCUAGCUUCAAGGAUUUCCACAUAGACGAACUAAAAGAGCAUAUUCAACUGUUAAUGGAGAAAAAUAAUGCAAAACAGCAAGUUAUCUUGAAACAAAAUGAACAACUUCUCAGCCACAAUGAUUCAGAUGUUUCAAACAGCAUCUUAAAUGAAACCUUACAGCAGCAUUACCGGAAGAUUGAAAGCUUAAUGGAUGACAUAAAUGCCUACAAAACACAGAACCAAUUUUUAAACUCUGAAAUCCACCAAGUAACAGACCUAUGGAGAAACACAGCUGAGAAAGAAUCCGCUCUUCUAAUGAAGUGCUCAUACUUGGAAGCUAGAAAUUGCCAAAUAGAAAGCAAAUAUUUAAUUGUGUUGAGAAAGUUGCAAGAAGCUCUGCCAUAUCUGGAUGCUGAGUACUGUGAAGUCAUAAAAAAUCUGAUAGAAGAUGCCUUGCAAUCUGACAUGAAAAAGGAUCAUAACCAACUGAGUGUACAUUUUCGUCCUCUCAGUGAAUAUGAUGACUAUGGCUUUGCUAUAAUACCAGAAUAUGAGGUUGAACACUUGAAACUUUUAGCCAAAAUUCAAGCAUUAGAAAUUCGAUCCAACAAGCUUCUCACGCAUGAGGUUGUGGACAAACCCUUAAGAAUGAAAUGGAACAGUAUCGAGGAACUCAACCAUUCUAUGGAGCUAAAAAACGUAGUAAGGUGUGGAAUCCCUCCAGAACACCGUAAACGUGUAUGGAAAUGGCUCACUGCUCAACGGAUUCACAUCAGAUCACACCAUUAUGCAGAUCUUCAGACAAAGUGUGAGAGUUCUCAGCAUCCAGCCUCUCAGCAGAUUGAACUUGAUAUACAUCGAACUUUGACCAAUAACAAGCACUUCAGUUGCCCUACAUCAGAGUUUAUUCAGAAGCUGAGGAGGGUGCUUCUUGCAUACUCAUGGCAAAACCCAACCAUUGGAUACUGUCAGGGAUUGAACAGGUUAGCCGCCAUAGCACUUUUGGUUUUGGAAGACGAGGAGAGUGCAUUUUAUUGUCUAGUUGAUAUUAUUGAAAACAUAAUGCCACCAGAGUACUAUAGUAAUAACCUAACAGGAUCACAGGUUGAUCAAAGAGUAUUCAAGGAUUGCUUUUCGGAAAAACUGCCUCGUUUAAAUGCACAUCUUCAGCAAUACAAGAUCGACCUCUCUCUUAUCACUUACAACUGGUUUCUGGUAGUGUUUGUUGAUAGCCUGGUUAGUGAUAUUCUUCUGAGAGUGUGGGAUGCCUUGCUGUAUGAAGGAACAAAGGUCAUUUUCCGUUAUGCACUUGCAAUAUUUAAAUAUAAUGAGGAAGAGAUCCUAAAGCUGAAUGAUGAAACAGAAAUCUACCAAUACCUUUCAUUUUUCACCAAGACCAUCUGUGAUGGCAGAAAACUAAUGAACAUUGCCUUCAAUGAGAUGAACCCUUUCCCAAUGAAGCAUAUAAGAAAUCGCCGAGCUGUGCAUUUGGAGAAAUUCAAGGCAGACCUAGCUGAACUCGAAAAGAUAAAGCAGGAAUAUUUUAGGCAAAAGAAAGAGCUUGGAAGUGCUGAUAAUGACUUGGGUAUUAGUGAGGAUGAAGAUGAUACUUGAACAUUAAUAAUGAGCAAUAUCUAGUUGCUUAAAACGGGUAUUAAAAAACUUUUUGAGGCAAAUUCUAAUGACAUUAAUGAAAAUAUAUGCCUCUAAAGAUUUUCAAGUCACUAUGUACAAAUUACUGUAUGCAAAAACUACAAUACAUGGUGUUUUGUAACUCUGGAUGCUGUAUGUCAUCGCCUGCACAGAGUCCUGACCUCAACCCGAUAGAACACCUUUGGGAUGAAUUAGAGCAGUGACUGCAGGCCAGGCCUUC